AUGGGAAAUAAGCUUUACCAUUCUCGAUAACAAUUGAUAUCUUGCCCUUAAAAAAGUGCUUUUCAAUUUUCAAAUUAAGAUCAAAACCUCCAACAAAGUCUAACACAUCAAUUAGUUGAAAUAAAUUCAGCUCAGCAAGAACCAGCAAUGAGUUAAGACCAGGAUAACAUACAAAAUAAUACUGCUUCAGGCCUAAUCCAUUAAUAAAAUUUCAAAUUGUAAAAGAGGUGCCUAUUGAAAGUCUUAUUGACUUUUAUAAUCUGGUCAUUAUUUCAGUUCUUUGUCCUAUAUGCCCUUCAAAAAGGGGAAAUGCCCACCUUUAUUGACCUAAUAUCUCCUUACUUAUUUCACAUAUCAGUAAUUUUGAUGUAUGGAAUGGCUAAAUUUGGAACUGUCAAAUUCUCUAGACAGAAUUGCGUGAUAUUGUUGUUUCAAGUGUAUUUUACUACCUAGACCUAUUUGACGUUUUGCAGAUCCUUCAGCAACGAAAGAAUUCACGUUUCAAAUGGGAUUUAACUUACUACUGCCGAUUUAGUUACUUAAUUUGCCUUACAACAGUUUCUAUUUAAUAUUUUAAUCACCUUGACUCUGUUCAUUUACAUAGCAAUUGAAAAGCAAAGAAUUCUUCCUCUAGUCGCCAUUGCCUUAUGCUGUGUUUUUAGUCUACUGCCCUUGGUAUUUGAUUACUGGUUAUUUGUCAAUUCUAUUGUGGCCUUUUUGUAUGGAACGACACUGGUGAUGGUGACAUUAUAAAUUUUAAAAGGAAGGUUUUAAUUGGAAACAUAUAGUGUAAUAACAGCCUCUAACAUCAUGUUUUAUGGCCUUAUCUCUCCAAUUGAACUAAAAUGA